GUGUACGUGUUACUCGUGUAAUUUUUGCCUAUCUUGUGGUGUGAAAGAUCUAAACCGAGUUAUAAGAUUUUUUCAUCGUAUAUGUAAUGUACAUAUCUUCAUCAAAUAUACAUUUUCAUGAAACUGGAACUGAUAACAAGAAAAGAGACGAAGAUCUAUUCUAAUUGAGGACGCUGGUGUAUGGAAAUGGGACCUGAUAAUCAACUUGGACAAAAUAAAGCUAUGCCAAAGGUUGAUAUAAUAAAAGAUGCAACAAAGCUUAAAUCUACAGAUUUAAUUUAUAUGAAACGUUUAGAAGAACAGAAUUUUCAAAGAGCAAUAAAUGUACAGAAAUAUCGCAAAGCUAAUAGUCGUACUGCUAUUGGUUUAACCCUUGGAGUCAUUGGAAUUUAUGUUUAUACAAUAUAUUCAGUUAAACAGGAAAAAUUCUUAGACGACUUUGAAGUACCAGAAAAGACGAUUGAGAAGACAUAAAAAGUAUUUUGUUUGAAAUAUCAAUAAAAAAGUUUACUGCUUAUUGUAUUAAAUAGAU